ACUUUGAAAUCAGUCAGAAUUUGGGUUUUAAUCAUUCGAUUUGAAUUUCGAUAGUCAAGUCGUCCGAGUGUUACCAAAAUAAAGCGUCUUAUAGCAAAGCGCAGUAUACGGCAGAGUGUAAGCGUGCAACAGGGACACUGGCGCACAGUAAGGACUCUUGGUCCUAACAUAAAUAGAACUGGUGUUUGAGAUUUUCGGCGCUAAUUUAAGUAUUUCACUGAUACUCAACUCGGCUAAAGCAUACCAAAAACAAAUCUAAACGAAAUACGUCAUAAUGUCGAGAAUUUGGUGUUUUGUGAGUUUUUUGUUGGUGACGACAGCAGUGUUGGCGCGGCCCGAGCCGCCAGUAAACUCUUAUCUGCCACCUUCAGCUAAUGGUAAUGGGAAUGGUGGUGGACGUCCUUCAUCGCAAUAUGGUGCGCCCGGUCUAGGUAGUAACGGUAACGGUAAUGGUAACGGCGGUGGACGUCCCUCAUCACAGUACGGUGUGCCUGGACUGGGUGGUAACGGUAACGGUAAUGGUAACGGAGGCGGACGUCCCUCGAGCUCAUAUGGAGCACCUGGUUUAGGCGGUAAUGGAAAUGGUAACGGAAACGGCGGUGGACGUCCCUCAUCACAAUAUGGUGUGCCUGGACUGGGUGGUAACGGUAACGGCAACGGCAAUGGUAAUGGCGGAGGACGUCCUUCCAGCACAUAUGGCGCUCCCGGUUUAAGAGGUAAUGGUAACGGCAAUGGCAACGGCAACGGACGUCCCUCAAGUACAUACGGCGCUCCUGGUUUAGGUGGAAAUGGUAACGGUAAUGGCAAUGGCAACGGACGUCCCUCAAGUACAUAUGGCGCUCCAGGCUUAGGUGGUAAUGGUAACGGUAAUGGCAAUGGCAACGGACGCCCCUCAAGCACUUAUGGCGCACCAGGUCUUAAUGGAAACGGUUUGGGUGGUGGACAGAAACCCUCCGAUAGUUAUGGUCCUCCAGCUUCGGGCAAUGGCAAUGGUUAUUCGAAUGGUGGUAACGGUAAUGGUAAUGGCGGUGGACGUCCAGGACAAGAAUACUUGCCACCCGGUCGCAAUGGUAACGGUAAUGGAAAUGGCGGCAGAGGCAAUGGAAACGGUGGCGGCGCAAAUGGCUAUGAUUACUCGCAGGGUGGCAGUGAUAGCGGAGAGAGCGGCGAACCAGCACAAUACGAAUUUAGUUACGAAGUAGAAGAUGCGCCGAGUGGUUUGUCCUUCGGACACUCAGAGAUGCGCGAUGGCGACUAUACAACGGGUCAAUACAAUGUGUUGUUGCCUGAUGGAAGGAAGCAAAUCGUUGACUACGAAGCCGAUCAGGGUGGCUACCGUCCACAGAUACGUUAUGAAGGUGAAGCUAACAAUGGUGCCGGUGGACUUGGUGGCGGUGCUGGUGGCGCUAAUGGCUAUGAUUACGAACAGAAUGGUAAUGGACUCGGCGGCGGCAAUGGUUAUUCGAAUGGACAAGAUUUAGGCAGCAAUGGUUACUCGAGUGGACGUCCCAAUGGCAAUGGUAAUGGUAAUGGAAACGGUAAUGGCAAUGGCUAUAGUGGACGUAACGGUAAAGGACGCAAUGGCAAUGGUGGCGGACAAGGACUCGGUCGCAAUGGUUACUCCGAUGGACGUCCGAGUGGACAAGACUUAGGCGAUAAUGGUUACGCAAGUGGACGUCCAGGUGGUAAUGGUAAUGGCAAUGGCGGUAAUGGUAAUGGUUACUCGAACGGUAAUGGCUAUUCUAACGGUAAUGGCAACGGUACCGGCAAUGGUGGUGGUCAGUACAAUGGCAAUGGCAAUGGUUACUCCGAUGGCAGACCAGGUGGUCAAGAUAAUCUCGAUGGACAGGGUUACUCCAGUGGACGUCCGAAUGGUUUCGGACCUGGUGGCCAGAAUGGUGACAAUGAUGGCAACGGUUAUCGAUAUUAAUUAGCUGACAAUGGCAACGAUUACGUGACGACCCAUAGCGGACAACGAGCCCACGGAUACAAACGGCGGGCGUGGAAAAAUGAAACGCUCCUCAUCAUGCAUAACUUAACAUAUUACA